GUAUUUUGCUGUUUCAUUACAGUCAGAAAUUUAUACUCUAUUGUCACCAACUCACCACCGUCCACCGCCCACCGCCACCGUCCUCUUGGCCGGAAUUUGGAGGAUUAUAUAAAUUGAGAGGGGAAAACACGAAGAAGAGAAGAGAUGAGCUUUCAGGAUCUAGAACCGGGUCGGCCGGCCGGGCCGCGGCGGGGAUACGUCAGUGUCAAACAGGACCCGCUCCAGGCUCAGAUUUUCCAGAUCAACACUGCCGUCUCCAGAUUCCAAAUGCUCAUCAAUUCCCUGGGGACGGCUAAGGACACCACAGAGCUACGCGAUAGAUUGCACAAGACAAGAGUGGAGAUUGGACAGUUGGUGAAAGAUACGGCUUCCAAGUUAAAGCAAGCAAGUGAAUCAGAUCAUGGUGCCGGAAUCAGUGCUAGCAAGAAAAUUGCAGAUGCCAAACUUGCUAAAGAUUUUCAAGCUGUUUUGAACGUGUUUCAAAAGGCACAGAGGCUUUCCGCAGAGAAGGAAACAGCGUAUAAACCUGUUGUUGUUCCUCAAACUGUUGUUUCUUCCAGUUACACGUCUACUGAGACAGAUGCUAGUGCAGAUCGGAGUACUGAGCAGCAAGCUCUCCUCAUGGAAUCUAAGAGACAAGAGGUAGUGCUUUUGGACAAUGAGAUUUCCUUUAACGAGGCUAUCAUAGAGGAGAGAGAUCAAGGGAUACAAGAAAUACAGCAUCAGAUUGGUGAAGUAAGCGAAAUUUUCAAGGAUCUUGCUGUACUAGUUCACGAUCAAGGAGCCAUGAUCGUCGAUAUUGAUACAAAUAUUGAGAACUCUCACGCUGCAACUGCCCAAGCAAAAUCCCAACUUUCCAAAGCUGCAAAAUCACAACGAUCAAAUUCCUCCCUGAUGUGCCUACUCCUGGUGAUAUUCGCUGUUGUCCUCAUCAUCGUGAUCAUAGUACUUGCAGCAUGAACACUCGGCCACGAGACGUUGAAUAAAAACCUUGGAACUCUGCUCAGCAAUGGAGGCAGAAUGCAGUUUUGGCAAUUUUGGAAACCUGAUACUAGUUUGUUCAUUUUUGGAGUUGCUGUUCAUUUGUAAAUUCUUUGGUUUGUGAUUCCAUGUGUUCUUUUUGCCACGUGGCAAUGUCUGUCAAUAAAAUGUAGAUUUCUUUUAUCUACACUUGACUAAUUGAGUAUGAGAUUUGAUUUGUUCAUUUCUUUGUCA